CUCAGACAAUCUGGUAAGACCAUUCCGGGCUAAUACUACAUUGAAAUAAUGAAGCCUUCUUCACUCCUUCUGCAAUUGAGAAGUUAACCAAUAAGCCCUAAAGUUUUUGGAUGCAAUGGAUGCAACUGACUGAAUGGAUCACUGAUGAGGUGAGUCAGUGCUCUAAACUCACACGAGGGGCUGACAGACAAGAUGAACAUCUUCACUUUCUCCGUUUGCUGCCUUAUCUCGAUAUGUCUCAUCUUACCAGCUGUGAGCAGCCCAGCCACAAACUGUUGCCUCGCUCUGUCUUCGGUGCGACUGAAGCCCAGUAAUGUGAAAACCUACCACAUUCAGCAACAGGGAGGAAUCUGCCCCAUAAAUGCAGUGGUAUUAGUGACAAAGAAGAGCAAGCGUAUUUGUGCUGACCCCGACAGCCAAUGGGUGAAGGACGCCAUGAGAAUAGUGAAUGAGAAGAAGGAGGCAGCAAAGUCAGGGGCGAAUACAGAGUCCAGCAACACUCCGCAGCCUGGAGGCAACGGCCCCCCAAAGCGACGGAGAAAGGGGAAAGGAAGGGGACGAGGAAAAGGGAAAAAGCACGGCGGUCGGAGGGCACGGAAGCAGCAGGCCCAAUAGCCCAACUGACCACACAAAUGGACACAUACUCUGUCUCUCUGUCUUGCCUUGCCUCUGUAUUGACUUCGAAAUAUAUGGACAUUCUUCAUGUACAAAAUUACUCUGAAAAGCUAAAUGUGUUUAUGAUAUUAAUCAGGUGUUUGUGGAUUUCUGUGUCAAUUUUGUGGUUUCUCACAAAGUUCCUGCAUGACACCAGUUUUUAUCUUACAACAACUUGUCAUACACAGUAGUGUGUGAAGAUGUGUGCUGCUUGUGUACCCUCAUUUUAUAUUUUUAACAUAUCUCUGUUUAUAUAUCUAUGAUGUAAGGUAGCCGUGGCCUACUGGUUAGCGCUUCAGACUUGUAAUCAGAG